UCUGCACUGUGAAAUGCAGAAUCUAUAAUAAAAACACAAUUUUAUGAGGCAUUUAUACUGAUGUUGCUUCAUUUCCAUAUUAAAAUAGAGGUCUUUCAAAUAAGGCCUAUAAGGAAUGAUUAAAGUGUCACUGUCCUUGUUCGGCUACCUGGACACAUGACUCUCUAAACUCCUAAAAUGGAUAUUCUUCCACGCUGUCUACAAUUAAAGGCUUAUCACCGCCUACCAUGUCCUGGCUCCCCCUUCUAGACCUCAGAUACCCCCUCCUUUUCAUACUCUAGGCACAUCCAGGAGGGUCAGUGAAACAGUGGACAGUUUUUAAACUCAGAAAAGCCACCCUGGGAAUGGGACCACAAAUCAGAAGCAAGAAAACCCUGACAUUCUUUCGGAUCAUCCCCCUCCGGAGACCUCUCUUCAUUCAAAGGGAAUAAACUUUUCCUCAGAGUAGAAAAGGGAACAGUUUUAAGAGAUCACAGAUGGGAUAAAAUUGCGGUAUUUGUUACUGCCUGCCAAACAGGCAUGAGAAACUCUUUUUUUUUAAAUUCGAAAUUGAAGAUUUAAGAAUAGAUCCAUUCGCUUACACGCUUUUAUGACAUGCUUUAAACUGAGGUGAGGAGAUCCAGUCGACACAGGCUGUAUCCUAGAAUAAAGCAGCGGAAGUCUUUUGUUAGAAAGGCUGUGAUUUCUAAAGGUGCGUCUCUGGGGCCCUGGUGUAUGGAGAUACAAAGUGCCGGAACAGGCAGAGAGGUUUGGAGGUUUCCAUCCGAGUUACAAUGGCAAAGUGGUUCAAAGAGUUCCCCAUGAACCUGAAGAAUGGUGCCGACAGGAUCCGCUCAGUCUCCGAAUCAGGCACGCAGCCGAGAGCCAAUAAACCAGGUCUGGUGGCGAGCAUCGGUACCAAAGCGCCGGCCUCCAAAACGGGCCAUCGCAAAAACUCCUCUGCGGAUAGCACGGGCGGAGGAGGAGGAGUAGGUGGAGGAGUCGGGUCUCUCCUGUCCGGAAGAAAUCGAAAGAACUCGGCUAUAGAGUUGAGUAGAAACGGCGUGAGCUCUCCGAAAGAUGGGAAAGUUUGGGACAACCUCCUGUCUGGGAAAAGUCGCAAGAACUCCAAAGCAGAACCGGUGUUUGAUGAGCAGCCCAGAUCCAUUAAGAGCUCUCCGUCUGCCCACGCAUACAUCAGUCGGCUGAUCAGAGUGGACAAGCAGGACAAGAGUCCCAGCUUCAACAGCGGUACCAUCACCAGCGCAGUGGCACCUGAGGCGGAGAAAGCAGCCAAAGAGCCAAAGAGCAAAACAGAAACCGUCAUUAUCCUUGAGGACUAUGCGGAUCCUUUUGAUGCUCAGAAAACCAGAGAGCAAAGGGAGGCAGAGAGGGUUGGUGAGAACGAUGGCUACAUGGAGCCGUACGAUGCACAGCAAAUGAUAACCGAGAUCAGACGUCGAGGAUCUAAAGACCUGCUAAAGGUGUGUGUGGUGAUGGAGGGGAGUGAGGGAACAGCGGAUGAAGCUCAUCCUGCCCCCGUACAGAUCUAUGACAUCCCAUACGAGGGAGGUGGUGACAGCGAGAAGACGGCAAUCACGCGGCCAGAGCUGGACACUCGUCCCUCCACUGAGUACGAGCUACCCUGGGAGUGGAAAAAGGAGCAUAUUGUUAAAACCCUAUCAGCACAGUUUGACAGCUCUGAUCGCCCCGCCAAAGAUGAGACGCCUCACCCUACACUUACUAGACAGCCCCAACAUCCACCAGCCCAGCAUCAGCAUCGGAGGCAGAAAAGCUGGACCCAAAAGAUUCUGAGAUCCUCUCUGCCAGCCCUGCUGCCAUCUUCUACCUCCAGCAGCAGCUCUGAAACCGAGGCCUGCUCCGUGGACCCCUCCCUGCCACUGGAAAAACAGAGCUGGUACCAUGGCUGCGUGACUCGGCAGGAGGCGGAGUUUCAGCUGCACUCCUGCAAAGAGGCCAGCUUCCUGGUCCGGAACAGCGAGUCGGACAACAGCAAGUACUCCAUCGCCCUCAAGACCAGUCAGGGAUGCGUUCAUAUCAUUGUUGCCCAAACUAAAGAAAAUGGCUACACCCUGGACCAGAGCAGCUGCGUGUUCCCCAGCAUCCCAGAGGUGGUGCACCACUACUCCACUCAGCGUCUGCCUUUCAACGGAGCAGAGCACAUGACCCUGCUGCACCCAGUGCCUCGCAUCCACUGACUCAAUCAUAACUUAGCUUGACUAUGCAAAACAAACACACCCCUGGAUGUGAGUAAGGGAGAAGAAAUGGUUCCAAAAAGCAAUCAAAACAUCAGCUCUGAUUUCAGGGAACUAUCAUCCAUACAGCAAACUAACCCUGCCUUAUGUGGUUUUUUUUUUAAUUAUCUUCAUUUCAUCACCAAAUUGACUGCGACUGUCUCCAUAUCUAAAAUUUACAAUUGGCUGCUUCCUUUAUUUCACUUUGAUGUGCAGCUCAUGCAAAACAUCCAUGCUGCUGUUUUGCAUGUGAGCAAGCUCAGCAGGGACGAUGGGGCACUUUUACUGAUAAAAAGUCACUUGGAGUUUGUAAACACACAAGAUGUUUUAAUCACUCACUAUGUUUAUGACAAAAGCUACAAUGUGACACAGUCUGUGAAGCAGAAAGUACUUUUGCGAUGGAGACCUAACGUUUCAGUUCAGUUGGCUCUCUUUCGCCCUCUAGUGGAGCUGCUGGACAUUGUACCAAAUUCCUAACAAAAAGAAUUCUCCACACACAAAAACCCAUGCACAUAAGCAUUUAAUUCCACUUACAAAAAUAUGAACAAAGCCCAUCUAUUUUAUGUGUAUCAUCUUAAUGCAUUCCUAAUUUAUGAUUGUAUGCUUGUUGGUUAUCUGUAACCACGGUGCCUUGAAGAUUUCCACUGUGUUACUGUGAAUGAGGGUGUUGUUUCUGCUGUAUUAUCUGCACUGUGAAGAGUUGGUGAUUCACCCUGGUGCAAUGUGCUUGAAGACAUGAAAGCUUUACAAUAGUUAGAGCUGAUGCUGAAUUUUAAUGUCUGGGUCCAGCUUAAUGAGACUUUUGUGGGAGCACGUGUAAAGGAGUUCUGCAUAUUACUGUGAUUUGUGGUAAGAAAACUUUAGGUAACAUUUUUUAAUAUGGCCCACGACUGACGGUGUAAUUCACCUAUAAAUGAACAGAAUUUAGAAGUUACAAUGUAAUUAUAUAUAUCUACAAAUUCUUAAAGUUAGGUACACUAGAAUAUGCGGGAACCAAGUCAGGUUUUUACAGAAAUAAACAAUAAUACUGUAACCUAACCCUUACGUGAUUUUAAGGUGUUAUACACAAUGAAGACACUCCCACUUUCUGUACACUUCUUUUGAAAAUUAUUGUUGAUCAGUGAUUGUGAAAAAACAAACAAACAAAAAAAUAGGUUAGACUUGGCUUCAGGGGCGGAUAUACAGGGGGGGCGGUGUGGGGCAACUGGCCCCAAGCUGUAGAGCCUUGCCCUCCUUUUAUGUCUUUAAAA